AUGGAAUAUCUACCUGGAGGUGACAUGUUUGACUUCAUAAGAUCGGCGGAACUAGAAGAACCUGACGUCAUGUUUUACACCGCAUGCGUUGUCCUUGGCCUGGAGGCAUUACAUCAGCUUGGCAUUGUCCAUAGAGAUCUAAAGCUGGAGAAUUUGCUGUUGGACCGGGAUGGCUACCUUAAGAUCGUAGACUUCGGCCUCAGCAAAGACAGAUUUGGAUACAGCGACCGCACGAACACCGUGUGCGGCACAAGAACAUACAUGGCCCCUGAGAUCUAUCUGAAACUUGGAUACGGCAUGGCCGCUGACUGGUGGGCCCUAGGAAUAACCGUUUACAUCAUGCUCCUGAAUAAUUAUUCACUUUCUCAGUUACCAUUCAACAACAAGGAUCCGGUUGAGCAAAUGAGUAGCAUCCUCUAUGAUGACAUCGAGCUGCCCGAAGACCUAUCAGAGGAUGCCUCCACUCUAAUACAAGAACUGUUAGAGAAAGAUCCUGAAUUUCGCCUCGGUUCGGGUGACGCCGGGGCUGAAAUGAUUAAAGAGCACCCCUUCUUUAAAGAUAUGGACUGGGACCAUCUGUUGCAGAGAAGGAUUACGGCUCCAUAUGUACUGGGCAACGAAGACCUGGAGAGCCAAGAGAACCCUGGAUGCCAAGCUCCAGCACUGCCACCAACUGCUGCAAGGAUUCCAUCAGAGCUGCAAGAGGCAUUCAGAGGAUUCUGAAAGAACAACAAUAACACCUGAAUGAACAUCUGAUAAGUAGACGGAAUAGAUGGGGAGGGUGGAGGGCCAGUCCAUAUCCAUAUAAGAAGUCCAUUCAUAUAAAGUGAUGCUCGGGUGUCCCACCUCAAUAAGUUCUGACUGAGUAGGCUAAUGUAGGAAUAGUCUUCUCAUGCAGUGUAAAAUAUUCAAAUCCUCACCUGUAUAACAGGCAAGUAAGAUCUGGUGGCAAGGUGAGAAACAAACAGUGUAUUUUCACACCAAAAGCUGACACUGUAACAUCCUGCCUGGAUUUGACCCAGCACCCUGCAGGUUAAUAUGCAGUCUGUUAUAACUCUGCUCUAUGUAAGCAGAUAACUAGGUGCUUGGUUCAGUUUGCCCCACAAUACAUUCUGUCCGUAGCGGCUCCUUCUCUACAGUUGACGUUUGGCACCCUUGCCAGAGAGUCUCUGGAUUCUCGUGCAGUAAGACCUGGCAGCCCCCGAGUACCUGAGAUUCAGGCCCAAAGCCAAAAGUAGCUGUUAUAGAAGAGCAGGCCAAGACCCCCUGCCUGUGGUUUGGGACUUCCUUAAGUGACAAACAGGCAAGUAAAAUCUGGUAAAAUCAGGUAAAAUCUUACCUCGGUAAGAAACAAACCAACUACCUCACCUUGUUUUUAUUUCCUUCCUGAGUAGGUUGCUGUUGCCCACCUUGGGAGAUAUAAAGAAGAAGAUAUUGCUUUUAUUUGCUUCCUGGUUAGGUUGUAGUUGGCCACCGUGGGAGAUCUAAAGAAGAAGAUAUUGAUGAAGGUUUCCAUGUUUAUCCACCCCAAGGUAUGAAAAGUAGGUUUAUUCCUAAACAGUUGGAAUGAGGGGUGUAAUUUGGGGGUAUUUGAUACAGCAAGAGGCAUUCUUCCUAUGCUACAUGGAAAUCCAUUGCCUCAAAUGGGUAUUAGGAAAUUGUAUGAAAAAGGUCUAAUACUUUCUCUGCCAGUUAGAGUUCCCU